AUAUACACGCCAUACGGAUUAUUUUUCGCCGAAUCACUUCCUGCGUUGUGCCUCAGGGAUGGCUUCAACAGAACCUGCAGCGGAACCACCGGUUGCGGGCUCAGAGGCACCGGAUCGCCCUUCUGAUGAGGCCAUCUUGCAGCAGCAGAACCAGAUCCGGGCGGAGCAAGCAAAGGUCUCCGAGUACGUGGGCCAGGAGGAGAACCUCGGCGCGCUCAAAGCAGAGUACGAGAACGGCAACCAGAACUUCGUGCAGAAGAUUGGCAAGCUAGAGGAGCGCUACCGCACGUUCCGGCGCACGCGCGGCGACGGCAAUUGCUUCUUUCGCGGCUUCAUCUACGCAUACCUGGAGGGGCUGCUGCAGAACUCGGACCUGGCCGAGGCAAAUAGGUUUAUGUCAGUGGUGCAGUCCUGGAAGGCCAAGCUGGUGGAGGGCGGAUUCCAGGAGCUGGUUUUCGAGGACGCCAUGGAGCUGCUGCUGGAGCAGGUGAAGGAGGUGACCAAGGCCAGCGACCAGUUCGCGCAGGAGAAGCUGCUGGUCAACAUGCGGGACGAUAUGGUCUCCAACAUGAUUGUCAUGUUCCUGCGACUGGUCACGUCGUGUGAGGUGCAGCGCCGGGAAGACUUCUUCUUCCCAUUCAUCCUCGGCAUGUACGACGAGCCUCCCGCCACCGUAGAGCUGUUCUGCCAGCGGCACGUGGAGCCCAUGGGCGAGGAGUCUGACCACCUGCACAUCGUGGCGGUCACGGAGGCGCUGCAGAUCCCCGUGCGGGUGGUGUACUUGGACAGCAGCGGCCUGCCGGCGGGCGGUGGCGGUGGUGGCGCUGGCGCGCUGGAGGCCUCCUGCCACGACUUUGUGCCGGACUCUUGCCCGCCCGGGACGGCGCCGCGUGUGCACUUGUUGUACCGCCCCGGCCACUACGACAUCCUCUACGCCAAGAGCGGGUGACAGCGGCAGCACCCGGGCAGUGGUUGACUUGGUGUUGUUUUGUGGAAGUGAUGGUGUGUGGAAAGUGGCGGUCGCCGGGCGUCGGGUUGGCGGCGGGUUGCAGCUUGCGUUGUGGGCGGUGGGUAGGUAGGCGAAGCGUUGGGCGGGUCCUUGCGUUGUGCUGCGGCGGCGGAGUCCUGUAGGGGGCAUUCAGCCAGCUCACCGGUUGGAAACUAGGGGAGGUUCCUCCCGUGAUGGUACAUUACUGUUGCAAUUUUGCGUGUUGUUGUCGUGGCGCGGCGCGGACAACUGCGGCGAGUGAAAGUGGUCAAGAUUACACACCAUGCUUGAGUUCGGGUAUUCCGGGAGGACGUGGCUACGGAGUGCAAUCGUGCAAAGCUGGAAGUCAUGGAGCUGAGGGACACGUCAAGUACCGUAGUGUGAGACGCAAGGGGCAUAGCUACGGAACACACACAACGUGCGCGUGAUCAUUGCCUGCAGUCUCUAGCCCCGGCUAGCGAGCUGGGUGCUGUGGUGCGUGAUUACUGAACGGGCUCCUGAUGGCUACACGAUCAACGGAUCAAAGCACAUGCGCCAUUGCCGUUAACAGGCAGAGGCUAAUGCUUUAUGCCCAUCUUAACGCAACACAGCUUCAAC